CUUUACGCAGGCUGGCUUGAUAUGGUGUGCUGCUGUUGCUGCUGGUAGUGUUUUAAAUUUUGGACUCAGUUUUGCAAAUUUUUUUCCAAAUCCGUCCGCCAUAGUUUAGUUUUCCAUCGGCGAGGUUUUUCCCACAUUCCGAACGUUUUCCGCUUUGCGCAUCAUCAAUAUCAGUCUCCGUCUGCAAACAUAGAAUAGUGUCUGUGCGUCGUAUGUGUGUGUGUGUGUGUGUGUGUGCACGACCGUUCCAUUGUGUGCGUUCGUGCGUUAGAGGUUUUGUGCCUGUGUUUACAGCGGACGGUUUUGUGGCAGGACUCACGCAGAGACACACAACAACAAGGGGCCAUGCGAAGAAGCAAUAGGUGAAGGUGGAAAACAAAAACGCGUUUUCCAUACCGAACAACCAAAUUGGUGCGAGAGAGAAAAGACUUACAAUCGAAGUGGCAAUAAACCAGAAGGUGAAUCCGUGUAAAAGUGCUAGUAAAACAAUAUCAAAAAAAAAUCCGCGAAGGAAAGUGUUGGAAAGCUCGGCGUAUGCGUGCGUGUGCGGUGUUCCGCGUGCGGGUCCGGUCGGUUGGAAGAAGUAAAAAAAGCAAACAGUUACAGACACACAUAAACGCAGGCUGGGUAGUAUAAGCGCUUAGUAAACGCCUUUGCUGCAAAGUGUGUUUUGCUUGUGUGCGUGGGUGUCCUAGCCGAGUGUGUUGCAAGCUUGUCAGUGUGUGCGGUGCGUGCGGACGCGCGUGUGCCUGCGUGUGUAUGCGUAUGUAAGAAGAAGAGGCUGACGCAGCCCCACAUUAUCCCCUCCAACCUCCCCCCCAAAAAUCCUCCCAUUCAUCCACCUUCACACACACACACACACGUCACGUUGCAGCCGUAAUUCCUUUUCUGUGUGCAAAGGAAGAGACUUUUAAAGCAGUGAGCGCCAAAAACCAACACCACAGCAAGGAUGUCGGGCGUACGGGAAAUACCGGCGGAGGAUAGCAUCAAGGUGGUGUGCCGUUUUCGGCCACUGAACGACAGUGAGGAGCUCGCAGGGUCAAAGUUCGUCGUGAAGUUCCCAUCCGGACCGGAGGAAAACUGUCUCUCGAUCGGGGGCAAGGUGUACCUGUUCGACAAAGUGUUCAAACCGAACGCGACACAGGAAAAGGUGUACAAUGAGGCGGCAAAGUCGAUCGUGUCGGAUGUGCUGGCCGGUUACAACGGCACCAUCUUCGCGUACGGUCAAACAUCGUCCGGUAAGACGCACACGAUGGAAGGUGUGAUCGGUGACCCGGCGAAGCAGGGUAUCAUCCCGCGUAUCGUGAACGACAUCUUCAACCACAUCUACACGAUGGAGAUGAACAUCGAGUUCCACAUCAAGGUGUCGUACUAUGAAAUUUACAUGGACAAGAUCCGCGAUCUGCUGGACGUGUCGAAGGUGAACCUGAGCGUGCACGAGGACAAGAACCGGGUGCCGUACGUAAAGGGUGCAUCCGAGCGGUUCGUCUCGAGCCCGGAGGAGGUGUUCGAGGUGAUCGAGGAGGGCAAAUCGAAUCGCCACAUUGCGGUUACCAACAUGAACGAACACUCGUCCCGCUCGCACUCGGUGUUUCUCAUUAACGUAAAGCAGGAAAACAUGGAGAACGAGAAGAAGCUGUCCGGCAAGCUGUAUCUCGUCGAUUUGGCCGGUUCCGAGAAGGUGUCGAAAACGGGCGCAGAAGGUACGGUGCUGGAUGAGGCGAAAAACAUUAACAAAUCGCUGUCGGCGCUUGGCAAUGUGAUCUCGGCCCUGGCGGACGGCAACAAAACUCACAUCCCGUACCGUGACUCGAAGCUAACGCGUAUCCUGCAGGAAUCGCUCGGUGGUAAUGCACGCACGACCAUCGUCAUCUGUUGUUCGCCCGCUAGUUUUAACGAGUCGGAAACGAAGUCAACGCUAGAUUUUGGGCGCAGAGCAAAGACGGUAAAGAAUGUGGUAUGCGUGAACGAGGAGUUGACCGCGGAAGAAUGGAAGCGACGAUACGAGCGGGAGAAGGAGAAGAACACGAAGCUGAAGGGCAAGAUCGAGAAGCUAGAAGCGGAACUGGCACGAUGGCGGGCCGGGGAAACAGUCAACGUGGAGGAACAGCUCGAUCUGCAGCAGGACGCGAUGGAGGCGAGUACACCAAACGUGGAGGUGCUGUUGGGCCAACCGGCCGAUCUACCCGUACCGGCGACACCGGGUGGUGGCGGUCUGCCGCUGUCGGCCGAACGCGAUACACUCGAGGUUGAGCGAGAACGUCUAUACCAGCAGCUGGAUGAGAAGGAUGAGGAAAUCAACCAGCAGUCGCAGUACGUGGAGAAGCUGAAGGAGCAAAUCAUCGACCAGGAAGAGCUGAUCGCGAAUACGCGCCGCGACUACGAGAACCUGCAAUCGGAGAUGACGCGCAUACAGCAGGAGAACGAGAAUGCGAAGGAGGAGGUGAAGGAGGUGCUGCAGGCACUCGAGGAGCUGGCCGUCAACUACGACCAGAAGUCGCAGGAGAUCGAGCUGAAGAACAAGGAGGUCGACACAGUGAACGAAGAAUUGCAGCAAAAGCAGGCAACACUCAACACCGUCCAGUCGGAGCUGCAACAGCUGAAGGACAUGUCAUCGCACCAGAAGAAGCGCAUCAACGAGAUGCUGACCAACCUGUUGCGCGAUCUGUCCGAGGUCGGGCAGGCACUUGCCGCCGACCAGAACGAGAUGAAGAUGAACGUGGAGGCGUCCGCCGGCAAGGUGGAGGAAGAGUUCACCGUCGCCCGGCUCUACAUCAGCAAGAUGAAAUCGGAGGCGAAGAACCUGUCCGCCCGGUGCGCCAAUCUCGAAACGCUGCAGCAGGAAACCUGCCGAAAGGUGGGCGAUUACGAGAAGGAGCUGAGCGAGUGCCGGUUGCUGAUUUCGCAGCACAAAGCGCGGAUGAACUCGCUGCAGGAGUCGAUGCGCGAGGCGGAGAACAAGAAGCGCACGCUCGAGGAAAAUAUCGACGCGCUGCGCGAGGAGUGUGCAAAGUUGAAGGCGGCCGAACAGGUAUCGGCAGUAAACGCGGAGGAGAAGCAGCGUGCCGACCAGCUGAAGGUGGCAUUCGAGAGCCAGAUGGACCAGUUGCGCGAUGUGCACACCAAGCAGGUGUCGGCACUGCGCGACGAAAUCUCCGAGAAGCAGGAGCUAAUCAACGAACUGAAGGACACCAACCAGAAGCUGACGCUUGCCCACCAGCAGAUGACGGCCGACUACGAGAAGCUAAAGCAGGAGGAGCAGGAAAAGUCGUCCAAACUGCAGACGCUCAUGUCAGUAUCACCUUCCCUACACUCGCUUCUACUAACACCGCAACAGCAUACCUUCCAUCACCAUCACCCAUCUAAUCUUGAUUCGAACAAGCUCCUAGAACAGCAACAGCAACAGCAGCAGUAUCACGAAAAGCAGCCUGAUUGGUUUGCACUGGAAGCGGAUUCGCUUCCCACCAAGCACUCUCCUUCAUCUACCGGUUCCCAUUCCGGUCUAGCGUCACCAGUUUCCUCCAACCUUGGCCACUUGGGUGGUCCGGCUCAGACCGCUUCGUUAGUGCGCCUGCUGCAUGCGGUCCUCAGUGAGGAUGAGCAGCAGCAGCAGCAGCAGUGUAGGGCACCGGUAACAAACAGCGCCGCAGUCUCUUCCACCUCUCCCUCCCAUCCGGGCGGUCAGCGUCUGUCAAAGCGGGACAAAAACCGUGCAAAUGAAGAGAAUGCCAAACUAACGCCGUCGUCCACACCGGAACGGCACCAACCGCAACAACAGCCACGAAAGCGUACCGCUAAAUCACGCCGCGUGCUUAACUUCCGGGCGAAGCGAGACGACGAGCGAGAAACGCCUGGUUUGGCGGCGGCAGUAUCGAACCCUUCCCGGCAGCAGCACGGCCAGUCGCAACCCCGUUGCCGUUCGGCCGAUUCCUCCCCCGCGCCGUGCAUCGGCACGGAGCUGGAAAGUGUGUGCGGUUGGCCGGGCCGACUGAUAAGCUCACUGCUGCCGAAGGGCAUGCCAACGCUCCAGCUGCAUCUGCUCAUUUCCCUCACGAUGGUGCUCCUAACGCACCGCUGCCCGCAGUUUAUGCUGGUGCUGUAAAUGGAACCGAUCGUUUUCUCAUUUCCGUAUCGUCCUCUGAUCAUUGUUCUAAUAGUAACUCGUUCAUUUUUUUUCUUUGGUGCGUGUCCUCAAUUUGUUUCCUCGAGUUGUGCUUCAAGUAGCUCUAGUUGUGGGGUUGUUGUAACAUUGCGUUUCGAUGAACUUGGCAUUCCUUGCGGAAUUAUCAGUAUUAGCUCCAAAGAGUCUUCUAAUCCCCUACUAGUAGAGCGUACCCAAUGUGUGCUCGUCACUAUGUUAAGGAACACUGGAUAAGUGCUUCACAACAAACAGUUCUAGCAAAUCUCUUGUGAAGCCUUAAAAAGCGCUUCUUUAUAGACAAAAGAUACCAAAGUUUAGUAUACAUUUAUUUUUAUUGAAUAGCCUUUGCAAUAUGAAAACGUUCCUUGCUUUACGUUUGCUGUCUGUACGUGUAGGAAAAGCAAAAAAAAACCUAGCUAGAUGUUUGUGAUAUUUUUUUGGAGUAUGUAGAUUUUUGUUUUAUAUUAUUUUUACUUCUUUAAAAAAAAUUUCUAGAAUAACGUGAAAGCUUAAAAUCGGAAAACCACCCUUUUAAGAAAGUUUCACAAAAGCGAUUGUUUUGAGGAAAAUUAUGGACAAUUUCGCACUGUUAAUUAGUUUAUUAAUCAUGGUCUGACCGGUACAAAGCUAGUCAGGGGGUUUGUAUAGAACGCUUACGUUCAUGUUUUCCCUUCGACUGUGAAGUGGAAAACCUUUGUUGAUGUAUAGGUUACGCCCCGGGUAAUGUUGUUGACUAUUGUGUAGUACUCGAAUACAAGCUCCAUCGGUUUAUGGUUUAUCUAUAAAAUCAGAUGUAGCUACGCAACUGUAUGAUACCGCUGUAUAAUUUGUUACGCUGCUCCACAAAACGCCUUUUUGCUUCUGUGAUAGCAAAAAAACCCAACCCCAAACCUACUCAUACGAAACUUUUUUUUUACCUAGCUACGAAAAAAGCUCUUUAUCUUAUCAUUAGAAAAUUAGGUUUGAUUAGAAUCUAGCUUUGGCAGACGCCUCGCUGCAAGAUACAUCGAUUCUUAUAUGUUUGCGUUAGUUUCAGUUUUUUUGUCUCUAAGCAUUAGUGAUGGGUAAAUUAUAAAUUUUGUAGGAGUCGGAUCGGUCCGACUCCGCCGCCAGCUCGAGUCGGAAUCACUACGACAAAAGUGAGCGGGGAAGAGCGGGGCGAUGGAUCGACUCCUGUUGAAUCUGGUCGAGUCUGAUUAACUCCAAUCGAGUCCAAUGGAGGUCGGACUCAUCCGGAAUCGAUCGGACCCAUUCGGACUCAUCCGGAUUCGAUCCAACUCGCCGAAGUCAAUUUUGAUUUUUAGUCGGAGUCGAAAUCAAUGUUUCAUACGAGGAGUCGGAGUGGUUUCCACUUCGGAUUAGACAUCACUACUAUGCAUAACACAUUUUUAUAAGUCCACUGCCUCAUUGACGCUUUCGAAUGUGUGUGUGUAUAUUGUUUUUUUUCUGUUUUUUGAGGAAAAAAGUAUUGAAAUCAGAAGGAUUAAAUGGAACAGAUUAAAUCUUGUAGCUGUACAAAAAGCAAAAUACGAAAGGCAAAAGAUCAGAAACAGAUGAUGUGAUAACGCAUAAACAUUUGUGUCCGGUGGAGGAGGGGCACCCAGUUAGAGCAUCUUCGUGACGUUCGCUUGCAGGCUGGUUGUUUAAGGUUAGGUUUAGGAAAGUCAACGCAAGGGAUCGUCCUUUGGCGUCAUGGCAAUAUUUGAAGAACUGUGAUAAACACCAAACAAAAAAACAAAACGGAACUCGCAAUGAAUAGUUCUCGAAACGAACCUUUUUUUGUGUAAUAAUAGCUAUCAUGUAAUGAUUUCGUCCCAACGCUCCCUAGCCUUUUCUUCGUUCCGUAUGGUUUAAUAUUUCUUAGUAUGUAAGAGUGCUGUUGCGGGAUGGCACCAUCACACCUACAGAAUCUGGUCAAUAGAACGUUCAGAUGAAAAUUUCCUCCUGAUGAUUGCUGAUGGUUUUUGUAGACCAAAAAAAGCAAGAUAGACAGAAAUAUUGAAGAAAAACCAAAACGCGUUUUAGAACCCGAAAUAAUUAGAGAAAACACGCAAGAAGACAGGUGUUAAAUGUUUGCCCAUAAUUGCACACUCUCGUGUACGUGAACGACGCCCUCUUUCUCAUACACGCCACACUCGAACUCUCGACAGUAACAACAUUCAUCAUCUACACACUUUCCUGUUUUCUACUUCGCUCUAACUAUAUUCUAGCCGUAUUCUAUCAUUACUAUUUCGCUCGCAGUGUGCAUUGAAUGUUUUCUUUUUAUUUUAUGUGUUUUUAGCGUUAACCCCCUUCCCGUUACACGUUAUGCGGUGUUACGUUAUUACGUUGUUUAAGCCGUUAUUUAGUAGCUUGUCAUUUUGCAUACUUAUUUAUCAACUUGUACACUGACCAGCUUGUAAGGAAACGUUUAUUUUUCUAUUUUGUUUCUUAGCUUUAAGCCCUUUUUUUUGUUUUCAGCCUUUUCUGUCGCUUGCAUUUGCGAACAUUCGCUUGAAGCUGUGGACGUGGCAGCAAUUCCCUCACUGUUUUGCCAGAUGAAUUGUUCGCUCUGAAACGCUAUUUAAUCAACCGACCCACCCCGGAGCCGGAGAAAGACGGUUGCGCAUAUUCGUGUGUUGCGUUGUGACAGAUUUGUGUUAUGAAGGCGAAAGGAAAGCUAAACCCGAAUGAAGGAAUGGGUUCAGUGCUUUCUUUGCUCAGUUAAGAUAAAAAAGGAUACACUUAUCACACGAACACAGCAAGGGUACGUGUAGUAUUUUAGAGCGAGAGAGACGAAAGGGUGAAAUAGGUAGUGAAAAGAUAAACGGAAAAUCGGUCACAAACUACCCGAAUAGGAGCGACAGGAUAUCGCAAUGUACCAUUUCAACAGGCUUCGGGGCGGCGAAUGCGUGUGUUUUUUUUUAUUUUGUUUUAGGUUGUUUUUUUCUAGCAGAUCCUGCAGGAUGCCCGUACGAUAAGCCCUUCAGUGGCCAAAUGUACUACAAGUCGUGAGAUCGAAUCAGAUCUGGAUGGAUGGCUUCCGAGAUACGAUAACUGGUCGUUAUGCCAGAGGAGAAGAAUAAGGUGCCUUAGAGUGGAGUACCUCCUCCAUUCCUACAUAUCGGCACUCGACGAUGAGGCGGCUUAAAGAUUUCCUCUACUACUCAGAUCCUUAAUAUGGACAGAGAUAGAUAAAGAGAGAGAAAAAAGUGAACAAAGAAGGAGAAAAAUGGAUGCUGCAGUGUUGUUGCUGGUUGCUGUUACUGGGGUGCUUGAAAGAUUACCCAUCAACCAUUUCUUUUUUCAUCUUACUAAACCGUAACCACGCAAAAAAAACCACCUUCAGUAAAACCCGCGAUGAGAACAUGUGUCUACUUCCGACGUGUAUUAUCGAUUUCCGAGACAAUUCCGGUAAUGAGAAUAUAGGGCGAGACAGAAGAGAGUAGCGUUUCGAGUAGAUCAGUAACAUAGUAACACCCGGUAGGUAACAGACCUGCAUUAGGGAUAACGCUAACAGAAAAAAAGGUACAGGAUGCACUGUAAAAACAAAAUUGCUCAGGAACACGAACAUGCGAUACGCGUCUUUCGGGGCGGGGGGGCGUUCCGGCCUUCGGCAUAACUUCGGGCGGUCUUCGGCGUAGCAUAACCUAACGUUACGUAACGCUUAAAGUAAGCAGUGUACAAACAAAACAACCAAAUCCAACCCGCCCCUAAGUAGAUGUUUACGUUUGUUCUCUCUUCUUCUUCCGUUUUGUAUGCCUGAUCAGUUUAUUUUAAUAACUCAUUAUACAUAUAUCUAUGUACCAUUCUUGCGUUUGAUGUACACCGUUUUUUUAGUUUAGUCAGCUUCGAAAGGAUAUAAAAAAAGUUCGGAUUUUUCUUUGGCUAGUUACGAACUGCAAACAGCUGUUUAAUCAGCAUGCACAAAAACCGCACCGCCACACACACUCACACACACAUAAACCAACAAUACAUACAUACACCAAGGACUCUGGACUACUUCCAAACGUACAGGAUCUCAUACAUAUACACAAAAUGUUCAUCAUCACUCUGUGGCUUUGUUGUCUACUGUUGUUAGACUAUUAUUUACUUAAUAGUGGUAACAUCUGACUCUGUAAGCUGUCAUCGCGCUAAUGAAGACUCUUUUGCUUCAUCUACCACACACAUAUCGUACGAAGAAGGUAAUUCGGGGCUUGUUACGUAUAUAUGAAUGUGUUUCUCUCCAAAUACUUCACUGCUAGUAGUAAACACUUGUUGACAGUAAAAGCAAAAGCGGCAGCUUAUAGAGACAAUAAUUGGAGCUAAUGAAGAGAGAGAGAGUAAGAGAGUGAGGGCAACACAUCUGUUCCCCCGGCGCAGGAUGAAAAUCAGUUGGAGAAUAGUUGUGUUUCUGGAACGUGUGUGUCUAAGGUCGCCAAGAUUUAGGGCAAAAAGGGUGUAACAGCUGUAAAGACGAUUUAGUUGAUAGGCUGCACUUUGGAUACAGUGCGUUCGUCAUGCGCAUAAACCAAAUUCGACGAAAAAUCCUAAAAAAAAAAAACGCAUGUUGUGUACAGUAUGUAAAUUAAGAGAGAGAUGAUCAUAUAUAUAUACAGUUAUUUAUAUACAUACAUGCAAACAUGGCAAGAAAUGUUCUACCGUAUGAAAUGUAAAAUGUAUUUUUUCUGCUAGUAAACGCCAAUAGUCGUCAGUGUAAGGACAAGCAAAUUGUAAUCAAUGAAUGACACUAAACGGUAACAAGCGAGUAAAAACGGAUGUCAAUCGGAAACGGAAAACACGUGAAACAAAGCAUUAAUUAAACAAACAAACAAACAAAAACACGGA